AUGUAUACAAAUGUAUCGAACUCAUCAAAGCACUCCUACCGUGACAAGUGCACACCGCCUCGUCAAGUUGUUCUUCGUACUCAACCAAAUAAUAAUCGUGUUGCCUUAGUUCAUGAAAGAAAAUAUACAAUUAGAUUACGUCGCCGUCGUGCUCAACAAACACGUUCGUUCUAUGAUAAUACUGAAGGUGAUGAAAGUGAACCUAUUGUAUCAAAAUGGACUAUUGUUAGACAACGUUUACCCGAUAUUCUUGCUCUUAGUGGGACUUAUAAACCAUCGAGUAUUCGAGCUCAACUUGUUCUACUCGUGGCUUUAAUGAAUAAACAAACACAUGAACAAAUGAAUGAACAAUAUCAAUUAAUGAGAAAUGAACAAAAUGGCGUAAUGUCACAUAGAAUGCCAGAUAGUGUUACUAUUAAUACUAGUGGUCGUACUCGAGAAAUUUGUUUAAAACGUAUUCCAUCACAACAAAUGAUUCAUGUUGAUACUGAUACUUUAGCAUUUUCAGUUCCAACACGUCAAUUUAUAUUAGCUAUAAGUCGUGGUAAUACUCACGAAACAGCGGCAAAAUUUUGUCCACCAGCUAUAAGUGAUAUGUUAAUUGAUUUAUCUAAAAUCAAAAUAAUUGAUGAUCGUCGUCAAUUUAAACGUGCACAAUUUAAAAUGCGUCUUGGUCAAAGUUUAUUUUUCUUUGUAUUUAUAUUUAUUAUUACAAUGAUGUUUGCACUUACUCUUAGUACAACAAAUUUAAUAUUGAAUGAUGCUUGGAAUAAUCCAAUACCAAUAGCAUCAGGAAUAUCUAAUCAAUCUUCAAACUCACCAACCGAAGAUUGGCAAACCCGAGUGAAGAAACUUUUAACUUCAAUUAACUCAACUUUAAUUUCAAUUAACUCUAAUAUGACUUCAGUUCACACUAUUUUAACUUCACUUAACUCCACUUCGCGUAACUCCACUUCAUCUUGGUAA